AUGGUACGCGAGAAAUUGCAAGGCCGAGUACCUGUCCCCGAAGUCUUUGGUUGGGCGGAGGAUGGGGGUCAACGGUUUAUCUACAUGUCCUUGAUUGAGGGCGAGACUCUACAGGAGAGAUGGAGAGAUAUGAACGACCAUGAGAGAUGGACAAUCUGUAAGGAACUUAGGUAUAUGGUGGAGGCAUGGAGGUCUUUGAAGCAAGAUACACAUGAUUACUAUAUCGGUAGCCAGGGCAAGCAACCACUUAAUGACAUAUUCGUUGCACAUCGUCCAGAACUUACAGGGCCAUUUCAAGGUGUUAAAGCGGUUAAACAGUUUCAAGAUGCUUGUGGUAUUGAAAUUAGUACUGAUGUGCCAAUUAUAUUCACACAUUCUGACCUUGUUGCACCCAAUAUCCUCCUAUCCCUAGGACCAAAUCCAAAAGUGGCAGCAAUUAUUGACUGGGGCCAGGCUGGGUGGUAUCCUGCGUACUGGGAGUAUUGCAAGGCCAAACGGGUGAGACUGAACCCAGAACACUUCAGUGAUGCUCUCCAAGAAGAAUGGAGGACAAAAUAUCUACCACUUAUUAUGGAUCCCGUUCACGAUGAGACAUACUACCACCCCUGGCUUUAUUUUGUUUUGUCUAAGGGCAUCUGA